AUAUCACAGAGUAUUCUAACUCUUCUUCAUAUAUCGCCCCAACAACCAAGCUAUAUAAAAGAGAACAAUGUCUAAUAACUCUCUCUAUGGAUAUGCAUAUCUCUUGUUUCUCCUUUUGUGCUCACAUCUCACCUCUAUCUCCUCAGCUGCAAGAUCAACCCCUUCUUCCGCCAUCAAGGCCGUCAAUCUCGGCGGCUGGCUCGUAACGGAGGGCUGGAUCGAGCCCUCGCUCUUUGAUGGCAUCCCCAACAAAGAUUUCUUGGAUGGGACUCAGCUCCAAUUCAAGUCUGUGACCCAACAAAUGUAUUUGAGCGCCGAGAGCGGCGGCGGCACGAUCAUCGUCGCGAACCGGUCGAGUGCUUCAGGUUGGGAAACAUUCAGGCUGUGGAGAAUAAAUGAAUCCACAUUCAAUCUUCGCGUUUUCGGAAACCAAUUUGUCGGCCUCAGCAGCGACGGAGACGGUAGCCAAGUCGUGGCGGUCGCGACCACGCCAGGCCUGUCAGAGACGUUCGAGAUCGUACGAAACGGCUCGACCAGAGUUCGAAUCAGAGCACCAAACGGGCAAUUCCUGCAGGCGAAGAGCGCGGAUUCGGUGACGGCCGACUACGCGGAGGAGACGAGUUGGGGCGACGACGAUCCGUCGGUGUUCGCGAUAACCAUAGUCGUUAGGCAGCUGCAGGGGGAGUACCAGCUCACAAAUGGCUAUGGAAUUGAGAAGGCCACAACAGUGUUGAGGGGCCACUGGGAUUCGUUCAUAGUGGAGGAUGAUUUUAGGUGGAUGUCCCAGAACGGAUUGGAUGCUGUGCGAAUCCCAGUUGGGUGGUGGAUAGCAAGCGACCCGAAUCCGCCUCCACCUUUUGUUGGAGGCUCCCUCCAGGCCCUAGAUAAUGCAUUUACUUGGGCUGAGAAGUACAAAUUGAAGGUCAUUGUGGACCUUCAUGCUGCACCCGGCUCACAAAACGGGAAUGAGCACAGUGGAACAAGAGAUGGCUCACAAGAGUGGGGCACCACCGACCAAAACAUAGCUCAAACCGUUGGUGUGAUCGAUUUUCUAGCUUCUAGAUAUGCGACGAGAAGUGGCCUCUACGCCAUCGAGCUCAUCAACGAGCCGUUGGCGCCCGGAGUGACUCUCGACAGCUUGGAAAAGUACUACCAAGAAGGCUAUAACACCGUCCGCAGGUACACGUCCGACGCAUUCGUGAUCAUGUCGAACCGACUGUCCGCUGACCCCACCGAGCUCCUCCAGUUCGCCAGCGGCUUCAGCCGGUCGGUCAUCGACGUCCACUACUACAACCUCUACUCGAACAUUUUCACCAGCAUGACCGCACAAGACAACAUCGACUACGUCAACAAUCAACGGUCGGCCAAUUUGAGCACUGUCACCGAAUCCAACGGUCCACUUGUUUUCGUCGGAGAGUGGACCGCAGAGUGGCUGGUGAGUGGGGCUACAAAGUUCGCACAGGCCCAAUUAGCCGUAUACGGGCGCGCGACGUUCGGGUGGGCCUACUGGGGCCUAAAGAAUGUGAACAACCACUGGAGCUUAGAAUGGAUGAUCGACAAUGGCUACAUUUCCUUGUAGACCAUGUUCACCUUAACAAGUUUAUAGUAGAUCCAUGCAAGUUAAAUUACUAGAAUAAGAACUCAAAAUUGAGUUGUUCUCUUUGUAGGAUUAGCAUGAAUUACUUAGGAUCUGAUGCUCUGAAUGCUGAUGCAACAGUGUCAUCUAUUGUUGGAGUACAAAGGCAUCAUCUCUUUUGUUAAAUGAUGGAUUGUGGCUAAUUAGAAUCUGAUACUUGUUGCAACAAUGAAUUAUUCUCAAGAAUAAAAGCAAAGUUGAAUGUGACAGAAAUAAACAGAUUCUCUAUGUUUGA